GAUUCACGACAAAGCUGGACAGCGAGGCGGUAAUGGCGACUGUAAAUCUGUAAAAUGUUUCGAAUUGAAACAUGGCAGGAAAGACAAACACAGAGCUGUAAGGAACAAGGAAAACGUGUGCGCGCAACGAAAAAUCUCAAAGCUGUAAGAGAAGUCAACAAACCGCGGUUCUGAUCCACAAAUCGGCGCCGCACCUUUCUCAGCUCAAUCCAUACAUGGAAUUAUCCUCUCGAUUCUGAUCCAUAAUCGCCGCCGCACGCAGACUCUGUCCGUUUUUUCGACAAUUGUUGAACAUUUCGAUUCAAUCGGAGGAAGUUUCCGGUAAUAAUGGGCGGUUGUUUUAGCAAGAAGAAGUACCAAACCAGCUCCGGCGCCAACGGCUUCAGAUCGGAGAAGCCGCGCCAUAGCGAUCAGGACAGACAAAGUUACGAGAAUUAUUACAAAUCAUCGGCUCCGACCGCCGCCGCCGCCCCCCAAUCCCAACCCCCACCGCCGCAGCCGGUAAUUCGGAACCCUAACCCUAACCCUAUCCCAAAUCCAAAUCCAAAUCCUGUACGGACAAAUCCCCAACCCCAACCUCCUGUCCAAAAAUUGGAGCCAAACAACAUCCUAGGAAAGCCAUUCGAGGAUGUAAGAUCAAAAUACACAAUCGGGAAGGAGCUCGGGAGGGGACAAUUUGGGAUAACCUAUUUAUGCACGGAGAUUUCGACCGGCCACAAUUACGCCUGCAAAUCGAUAUUAAAGAGGAAGCUGGUGAACAAGAACGACAAGGAGGAUAUGAAAAGGGAGGUUCAUAUAAUGCAACAUUUGAGCGGACAGCCAAACAUCGUAGAAUUCAAAGGCACAUUUGAGGAUAAGCUGUCCGUGCAUUUAAUAAUGGAGCUCUGCCGCGGCGGCGAGCUUUUUGACAGCAUUAUCGCGCAGGGCCACUACUCGGAGAGGGCCGCCGCCGAUCUCUGCCGCCAGGUCGUAAACGUCGUCCACCAUUGCCAUUUCAUGGGCGUUAUGCACCGCGAUCUCAAACCCGAGAAUUUCUUGCUUUCGAGCAAGGACGAUAAGUCCAUGCUCAAGGCCACCGAUUUUGGGCUAUCGGUUUUCAUCGAAGAAGGUAAGGUGUAUCGGGAUAUAGUCGGAAGCGCGUAUUACGUCGCUCCCGAGGUUUUGCGGCGGAAUUACGGGAAAGAAAUCGAUAUUUGGAGUGCUGGCGUCAUUUUGUAUAUCCUCCUUAGCGGGGUGCCUCCGUUUUGGGCCGAAAAUGAAAAGGGCAUCUUCGAUGCCAUCUUGAAUGAAGACAUUGAUUUCGAGAGUCAGCCGUGGCCUUCGAUUUCGAGUAGCGCGAAAGACCUCAUCCGGAAAAUGCUGUCUAAGGACCCUAAAAGGAGAAUCACUUCUACAGAAGUACUUGAGCAUCCUUGGAUUAAGGGACAGGCUCCCGACAAGCCGAUAGACAGCGCUGUCCUGUCUCGAAUGAAACAGUUCCGAGCCAUGAAUAAGCUCAAGAAACUUGCACUAAAGGUCAUUGCGGAAAGUUUGUCCGAGGAAGAAAUUAAAGGUUUGAAAGCGAUGUUUGCGAAUAUGGACACGGAUAACAGCGGUACGAUCACUUACGAGGAACUGAAAUCUGGUUUGGCUCGGCUAGGGUCCAAACUGUCUGAAGCUGAAGUGAAACAAUUGAUGGAAGCUGCCGAUGUGGAUGGCAACGGGGCAAUCGACUACAUUGAGUUUAUCACCGCUACAAUGCAUAGGCACCGGCUCGAAAGAGACGAGCAUCUCUUCAAAGCGUUUCAGUAUUUCGACAAAGAUAAUAGCGGUUAUAUUACGAUGGAUGAACUCGAGACGGCCAUGAAGGAGUACGGUAUGGGCGACGACGGCACAAUCAAGGAAAUCAUUUCGGAAGUGGACACCGAUAAUGAUGGCCGGAUCAAUUACGAGGAAUUUUGUGCGAUGAUGAGAAGUGGAACGGCGCAACAAGGCGUCAAGCUGUUCUAAAGCGACGAUACGAUCGACAGAGGUGAGUCAGUUAAUCCGGCGACAAAAUUGCAUUUUGAAGCGAAUACAAAAGAAAUUUCGAUGAGAUCUGUGGUUUGCGGUAUGGAUAUGUUUAUAUUCUUUCUUGUGUUUCGGAACCCUUCAACACGGUGUUCAAAUGUGUAAAAGUUGGUAUGAUGUUUGAAUCUUAAAGAUUUCGCAAGUAAUGUUGUGUGGUUCGGAUAUGGUCUAACCUCCGGAUGCUCGGCUAGUUUUUUGUCAUUCAUUGCCUACACUCGUUCUUAUGUCUUUCCCAAUUAUUACCCUAUUGUCGGAAUGAUUGUACUGGAAUUUUUUGUCAAGAUUGUGCGGUUGUUUGAUCUCGACGAUAA